GCCACAUGGUACUUCCCGGAAGCAACGAGUACAGCGUUUCUGUGUUGAGGCGGAUAAAUAAACGCUCAGUUGUGUCAAUAGAAAACUAAAGACGGGUGUAAACUGAUCUCGCAGUAAAGAAACGAUACUAUACACAUAACAGCAGAUCAAAACGGGCCUGUUCGGGAAGUUGGAUGGUGGACAUUAGCGUGUCAUCCCCGUAACGGAGAAUUAGUCAUACACAAAAAGCCUUUCUGUGCUUGAUAACAUAAACACGACAGUCGGUCAGAAUGUCUGACUUUGUCAUUUUUUGUCUGAUUGUGUUUUUGGUCAUCUGUCUCAUCUUAACUCUGGUGGGCUUCGUGUUUUACACCGGUCUGCUCUCCGAAGUCGUGGUCCGAACCGGAUCAGCUCCAGUGAAAAAGAUCACGAUCGCUUAUAAGUUCAGAAAAGGAUCGUACAAGGCCAGCGGAGCUGCAUUCACGGAGAGCUGCAGUAUCGGACCUAAACUGGCGUCUGUCGGUGUGUUUUACGAUGAUCCCAAUCAGACCCAUUCAGAUGAGUGCCGGUAUGCGGUGGGCAGCAUACUGAGUGAAGAUGAGCAGAAACCUGAUGAAGAACUUCAGCGCCUGUUUGAGAAGUUAGGCUACAAGAUCAUCUCCUUCCCAGAAAUCACCUGUGCUGUUACCUCUUCGUUUCCCAACAGAUGCUCUCUGUCCCCCGUCUGUGCAGCAUAUAGAGUCUACCCUGAACUCGAACAGUAUGUAAAGGAAAGGAGUCUGAAUGCACACCCUUUCCUUGAGAUAUGCAAAGGAGAUCUGAUCCAUUACAUGUGCCCUCUGGAGAAACAAGAAGACUUCUUUGUCCCUGAACUUCUUGAGAAAAAGACAACUGAGGACAUGGAGGAAACGGUGGAGCACAAAGAUGAUAAUGACACAGAGUCGGGGGCAGGUGAAGAAUUAAGACCAGAGUCAUGCUCUGUGAUCCAGAAAGUGGUUGAAGAGAGCAGGGAUGUGGCGGAGGCCCCGUUGCUGGAGGGCACCCAUCACGGCUUGACUGAGGAAGAGGGUCAGAGUGAGGAUGGGGACCAAGGGGGCAAGGGGUCCUGCGAGUCAGUAGGUAGUGGGUCUUCCUUUGAAGAACUGGACAUGGAAGCGGAAGAAGAGAAAAAGAGUGAUCCCGAUGAACCGGCAGAAGAGGAAAACUAUAAUGGACAGCAGAAAAUCAUAGAGGGAGGAACAGUGGAAAACAAGGAGGAAUAAGUUGGGAUAAAAUGUAUCAAAGAGAAUUUGGGUGAAUGAUGUGCACUUUGUUUGUGUGUGCAUAUGGAUGUUUUAAAUAAUCAGCGUUUUUUCUCUUUGUGAACGUUUAUAAAAUGAAUCCCUAAAUACCUGGAAAUGUACACCCCCACAACAAACAAAUAUGCCUUUUAAAAUGUCUUUAUUAAAGACCUAACCUAACCUUUGUUUGGCCUGCUAUUUAUUAUCUGGCUUUGUAUUUAUUUCUAAAAAAAAAAGUAUUUUGUUUCUCCAUUGUCUUUCAUUCCAUGGUAAUCAUUAACCAUAUUCCGGCAGGGGGUUAGUCAUGAAAAUUAUGUAAUACCAUUAGCACUAUAAACAAGGCUUAAUCAAAUCUUUUUAUUUCAUUAACAAGUCCUAGAGAUGAUGUAUUCGGUAAUGUUAGGGGUCAAAACAGGAAUAAUUGUGUGUAUGAAUUCUAUUGCUUUAGAAUAAAUAUCAAGCAGAGUCAAUGCAGCGGGCAUGUUGUUAUUUGCAAUUUAUUGUUGUUUUAUUCAUUUUCAUUCCAUUUUUCUGUAACCUGCAUGAAUUUGUUCUGUAGGUUAUUUAGAAGGAGAGCCAGAUAUUUAAACAAAGAAAUGAAGUAUAUGAAGAAAAGAUGAGUAUGCCAGUAUAUAUUUUCUCUGUCUUUGCUUUUUAUUUUUCUAUAAACAUGUUUUUUUUCUUUACUUAUGUCAUAAGUCUUGUUGUGUCGGAAUGUUCAAAUAUCAUUUAUAUCAUACAGUCACUUCCUCUUUUAGUACUGAUAUGUAAUCUCUCUGGUAACAUUUUGUUGGUGGGUUAAUCAGUCACAUUGUUAUUCUGCAAGAAAGUAAAGCAAGAAUAUGUAAAUCAAA